AUGCCUGGAGCAGUCAAAGGUCCGCGGACGCUAUACGACAAGGUCUUCGAAGACCACAUCGUCGACGAGCAGGACGAUGGCACCAUCGUCAUCUAUAUCGAUCGCCACCUGGUCCACGAAGUCACAUCACCUCAAGCUUUCGAAGGCUUGAAGAACGCUGGACGAAAGGUACGAAGACCAGACUGCACUCUUGCAACCACUGAUCACAAUGUCCCCACCACGCCACGGAAGAACUUCAAGAACGUCAGCCAGUUCGUGGAAGAGGAUGAUAGCAGACUGCAGUGCGAGACCUUAGAGCAGAAUGUCAAGGAUUUCAAGCUUACAUACUUUGGUCUCGGUGACAAGAGACAGGGCAUCGUGCACAUCAUUGGACCUGAGCAGGGGUUCACUUUACCUGCUACGACUGUAGUAUGUGGCGACUCGCAUACCAGCACACACGGAGCCUUUGGUGCUCUGGCCUUCGGUAUCGGCACGAGUGAGGUGGAGCACGUCUUGGCGACACAGACUCUGAUGACGCAGAAGAGCAAGAAUAUGCGAGUGCAAGUCAAUGGCGAUUUGGCGGAUGGUGUCAGUAGUAAGGAUGUAAUCUUGCACGUGAUCGGUCAGAUUGGUACCGCUGGAGGUACUGGCCAUGUCAUCGAGUUCUGCGGGUCUGCCAUCCGAGGACUGUCGAUGGAGGCUCGCAUGUCCAUCUGCAACAUGUCUAUCGAAGGAGGUGCACGAGCAGGCAUGGUUGCUCCGGACGAGACCACUUUCGAGUACCUCAAGGGUCGGCCCUUGGCACCGAAGGUCGACAGUGCAGAGUGGAAGAAGGCAUGCAAGUACUGGCUGAGCUUACAAAGCGACGAGGAUGCCAGGUACGACAUCGACGUUCAAAUCGACGCCAAGGAUAUCGUACCGACUGUGUCAUGGGGUACGAGCCCGCAGGAUGUGGUGCCCAUCACUGGAGUUGUACCAGGUCCGGAUGAUUUUGAGGACGCAGACAAGAAGAAAGCUUGCAAGAGAUCUUUGGAGUACAUGGGUUUGACCGCGGGCACAAAAAUGACCGAUAUCGAACUCGACAAAGUGUUCAUCGGCUCCUGCACAAACGCCCGUAUCGAGGAUCUCCGGAUCGCUGCACAUAUCGUCAAGGGUAAGAAGGUCGCACCGAACCUCAAGCGCGCUAUGAUCGUGCCUGGUUCCGGUCUGGUCAAGCGUCAAGCCGAAGAUGAAGGCCUGAAUCAAAUCUUCGAGGACGCCGGCUUCGAGUGGCGAGAAGCCGGUUGCUCGAUGUGUCUAGGCAUGAACCCAGACAUCCUGUCUCCCGGCGAGCGCUGUGCUUCAACCAGUAACCGCAAUUUCGAGGGCCGGCAAGGAGCUGGUGGUCGUACACACCUGAUGUCCCCCGCCAUGGCUGCCGCCGCAGCUCUAGUCGGUAAACUAGCAGACGUUCGCAACCUCUCCGGCUACGAACAAGCCCUGCCCUCCUCCAAAAAAGCACCCAAAGAUGUCGCUCCUCCGCCCCAAGUCGACGAACCAGACAGCGAUGCAGAUCUCGACAACAUCCUCGACCUAGCCGAAGACAGCCAAGGCAACAGCGUCAAAUCCAAGGCCCCCUCAAGCACAGCCGGCAUGCCCAAAUUCACCCAAUGGAAGGGCAUCGCCGCCCCUAUGGAACAGACCAACAUCGACACCGACGCCAUCAUCCCUAAACAAUUCCUCAAAACUAUCAAGCGGGCCGGGCUGUCCAAGGGUCUCUUUCACGCUGCCCGUUUCAAUCAGGAUGGGAGUCUGAACAAGGAUUUCGUGCUCAACCAGGCACCGUACGACAAAGCCAAGAUCCUCGUCUGCACGGGCCGCAACUUCGGUUGUGGCAGUAGUCGCGAGCAUGCUCCUUGGGCUCUGUUAGAUUUCGGGAUCAAAUGUAUCAUCGCCCCUUCCUUUGGCGAUAUCUUCUUCAACAACACCUUCAAGAACGGUAUGCUGCCGCUUCAAAUCACGGACACAGCCGCCUUGAACAAGAUCGCGGACGAAGCGAAAGCAGGGCGGGAAAUCGAAGUCGAUCUUGAAGCCCAGCAAGUCAAGGAUGCGAAGGGGGUGGUUUUGGCGGAGUUCCAGGCGGAGACGUUUCGACGGCAUUGUUUGAUUAAUGGAUUGGAUGAUAUUGGCAUCACGUUGGAGAAGGAGGAGAAGAUCAAGAGGUUUGAGCGGAAGAGGACGGAGGAGAUGCCGUGGUUGGAUGGGAGUGGAUAUUUGACUCGGCAUCGGCAGGGGGCGGUGAAGGUUGAUGCUGCGGCUGUGCCGAAGACGAAUCGGGGGGAGGAGAAGACGGAGCCGUUGGAGUGGUAA